AUGAAUUAAUCAUAAGAAUUUUAAGUUUAGAAGUUUUUUGAGCCAUCUCAAGAUGUCAUCAAAAUGAUUGCCUAAAAUGAAUUCCUCUAUAUUGCAUAUGCGAAUGAGAUUAUUGUGUUGUCGCUAAAGCGUUUGACUCAAAGAAAGGACAUUAUUAAAAAAAAAAUCAGCGUUCCUAAAUUUCAAACAUUUGAUGCUCUUACUAGUGCUUUUAAUGACAAUGAGCAAACUAAGUUUAUUGCAUUAGCAUAUCGUGAGGGUUCGUAUCCCAUAUUGUAUAGCAGCAAUCUUGAAAAAAGAAUUAUUUCACUUAAUUCUGAAUAGCCAUAAAUAAAGGAUUUCUAUGUUAUGUAAGAAUAAGUGAUUGUGUUGUGGAAUAAUGGUGCUUUGGUUACAGACCAAUAAUUCAUGCUUGAUAACGUGAAAGCAAUUGCAUGUUGGAAUAACAAUUUGGCUGUGUAUAGGAAUAAUGAACUCAUGAUUGGAAACAUAUAAUUAACUUUGAAUUAGGAGUAUAAGGAUGAAAUGAUGUAUUCACAUUCUAUUUUAGUUUUAUACAAUUCCUCUUAAAUUCUCAUUUAUGAUGACAAAAGCGCAUUUGAAAUUCCAUUUCCUGGAGCCUUGCAGAUAGAAAUUAUUGAUGAAAACACCCUAUAUAUAUUAUGUGGAACUCAAAUACAGAGUCUCAAAAUUAGAUCCUAGGAAAAACAGAUAAAACUGCAAAUGUCCUUCAUGAGUAGGUUUUAUCCAAUCAAUGAGUAAGACUUCUUAUUCAAGAAUGGGAAACUCUUCAUCUCUAACAAAUGGAGCAAUAUUAAUAGAGUGAUUUCGGUGUGUAAAUCUUACAACCAAAUCUUAGAAUUUGCUUGUCUCAAAGAACAAGUAGGGCAAUCAAUUAAUUGUCUCAUUUUGGAGAAGGAUCCACAAGAAGUUUUCAGACUCAUGAUUCAACCUUAAUUAAAUAGUAAUUUUUAGUAACCACUUGAUAUCAAUGAUUUCAAGAUCUAUUACUACUAUGCCAAAAAGGAAAUUAUGUGUCUAGAAAUAGCUAAGCAAUUAUACGAGAAAAAAAAGAAAGCUUAGGAUUUAUAGCUGCAAUAAUAUAAAUUUGAAGACUUAUAGAAAGCAACUGGCAAGGCUAUUUUAAAUUUGUUGAUGUUGAUGGAAUAACAUGAAGUCUACAAAGACUUUUAUCAGCAUGUCUAUAUUUCUUAUCUUGAGUCAAUCAAACCAACUAAUGAUAAAAUUAAAAUUUAAAUUGCUGCAGUCAAAAACAAGUUUGUACCAAGUCUCUUGAGAAAAGAAGAUGUUUGUCCAAUCUGUAAACAAUAAUUAAUAACGUGGGUUACGUGUCCAACUCAUCGAUUUAUUAGAUGUUAAACAACACUUGAACCAGUAUAUUAAUAAUAACUUUAUGUUUGCAAAGGCUGUGACUUGCAAUCUAUAGAGUCCAUCAAGGUUUGUCCUGUGUGCGGUUGUGAGAUGAAAAGAUUAUUAAAAUUAUGA